AUAGGCAAAACCGUUGCAACUUCCUUUCUUGUCUUUUUUGUUAUUUUUGCCUUUUCCUUAGACACAAGAAACAAGAAUGUGAAUGAAUAAAAACCUUUUUGUUCCGCGCAUAUAUAACCCACUCGCUCAUUGAAUGCGUUUACCACGUUUUUACUUAAACUUACCUCUUUUAAACCGUUAGUCAUCUAAAUCGUUUUCCAUUUCAAAAUUUACUUCUUUCUUAAAUUGCUUAAGACUCUUUUGGAAGUUUGACGUUUUCUCGACACUCACUUGAAAAGAGAUGCCGUUCAAGCCAGUGCCGUCGCCCUCUUGCGUCCAGUGUGGGAAGAGUGUCUACUUUAACGAGGAAGUCAAGUUCCAGGACAGAUCCUGGCACAAAGAAUGCCUCAAGUGCAAGACUUGUUCCAAGAAACUGGAGAUAGGAGGCAUGAAUGACCACGAGGGGGACAUCUACUGUCAGCAGUGCCACCGGAAGAAUUUCGGAGUGCGGGGCUACGGGUACGGCAUCGGCGCCGGCAGCCUCACCAGCGACUGAACAUCUUUUUCUAGUGUCUGCAAUCAACUCAGCCAACAAACUGAAUUAUCACUGAAGACUAGCUGAGCAUAAGGGUUUCCACAGUGUCAUUUGAUUUUUUUUUUUUUGA